AUGUCGCUGGAACAACAACAUCAGGACAAGGCGCCUCGCCAAAGUGCCACCUUCGCAAGCUCAAUCAGCGAUGCCGAAAGCCAAAUUCAGGAUGCGUCACAAAAGCCGACCAAGAAACAACCACAAUACCUUGAAGGAUCAGAGAUGAUCCGCGCUAUCAUCGCUCUGAACGUUGCCAAUGGUGUCGCCUUCGUUGAUUUGAUGGGAGUCACGGCGUUGAUCGCCCGAAUUGGCAAAGACCUUCAAGCCGGAGAUACCAUCGCUUGGGCAGCCACAUCCCAGCUCAUUGGUGCCACGAUUGGAAUGGCAUUACUCGGAUACGCUUCAGAUCUAUGGAGCCGUCGGAGGAUGCUACUCAUCGCCCAAUCGAUCCUUUUCUUCAGCGCAAUUGCAUGUGGUGUCUCAAGAUAUGCCAUGAGUCCAGCUUUCUUUUUCCUCACCCGGGCCAUGUGCGGUGUUGCAACAGGCUCCGUCAGCAACCUUAUGAACAUCAGCCUGAAUGACAUCCUACCCCGAGAGAAGCGUAACCAAUGGCAAGGUGUCCAGGGCUGCAGUAUUGCGUUAGGCUCCAUCCUGGGUAUGAUUCUAGGAGCAGUACUAGUCAAGACCUGGCAGUACCUGUAUUUCAUCGAGUCCGGACUUGUCGCUUGCUCCAUCGUCCUUACAUAUCUGUGGGUCCCGGCAAAUUGCAAACCACCGGCCAAGGAUGAGAUCUGGAAUGUGCUGAAGACCGUGGAUUACUUCGGGAUCCUUUCUGGAAUUUGCUUCAUUCUGCCAGCAUUGGUCCUCAUUUGUCAAGGCUCUGACUUUGAUAUGCGCUCCGGUCUAUUCAUCUUUCUCGUCGCAUGCUCCGGAAUCUCCCUGAUCGUGUUUCUGGUGCUUGGCUUCACGAAACGAAAUGUCCGCCCACUGAUUCCGUUCAUUCUGUUCCGCAACCGUACCAUCACGGCCAUCCUGCUGCAGAACUUGCUGUUGGGAAGUGCAUAUUACACUUUCACAUACUUCCUAGUCUUUACUCUGGAAGUUGCCCAUGGAUACACACCCAUCCAGGCUGCCGGAUUGAUGUCGAUAUACUAUGUCACACACGGCUUUGCCUCGACGACCAGCGCUUUGCUCAUCAAUGCUCUUCAACGCCGGGGAUUCAAGAGCUACCUGUUUGUCUUCGUCGGCGCCUUCUCGACCUGGACGAUCGCGAAUGCCAUGCUUGCAUACACCUCAAGCCUCACAUCUUUGGGAUCGGGAUUCCUCGGCGUUUUGAUCAUUCUUGAGAUCAUGGUCGGCCUCGGCACCGGUUCGACGUUUGCUAAUGGAGUAUUACUGCUCAGAGCGAAUGUCACCGCAGACCUGUCUGCCGUUUCAGUUGGGACGCGUAACGUCUUCCGAUUCAUGGGAGGUGCCAUCGGCACAGCCAUUUCAGCACUCAUCCUUCGAUCUACAUUGGUCGCCCAUCUCCCCGACAGACUACACCACAUUGCGGACUCAGCAUUCUCACAUCCGCAUUUGGACCUAUUUUCAGAUGAAGACGCAGACCUCAUACUUCGAGGAUAUGCUGGUGCAACAUCAACAGUUUUCUACGUCGCCGCUGGCUUCGUUGGCUGCUGCCUCCUAUUGUGCGUGCUGAUCAAGGACGAUCUGGGCCGACCGCCACCACCGGAGACUCUUACUGUGCCACCGACCCGUCAAGCUUCAAUUGCGUCUAACGACGACCACUCUGCUGUCGAACACGACGAGAAGGAUGACGAGAAGGAUGGCCUCGAUGUCAACGAGAAGGACGUUGACUUGUUCAAGAGCCGGGAAAGCAGUAUAUGUUGGGCUAAAUAG